AUGGUGAAACAAGGUGCUCGAGUCCACGUUGGGAUGCCGGUCCCGGUCCUGAUUCUGGUUCUGGUUCUGGGUCCGCUCCGGGGAGCAGCUGCCGCAGGCUCACUGAAAGUUGACACCACCCAGGACGCCGGCGGUGGUGGUUCUGGCGCGGACACCAUCAGCCACUCGCUGACCCUGGUGCAGCGCCUGGAGGCCCUGCUGCUGCAGGGCAACGGCAGCGACGUGUCCCUGAGGGUGGAGACGCCCAGCGCCGACGAGGUGAAGGUGAUCGCGGCUCACGCGCUGGUGCUGUCACUGCAGAGCGCCGUGUUCGAGGAGCUGCUGCAGAGCCGCAACGGCAGCACGCUGGUCCUGAAGGAGAGCGCCGACUGCGCCGCCGUGUUCGACCGGUUCAUCAGGUACCUGUACUGUGGGGAGAUUUCCCUGCGUCUGGACCACGCCACUCCUCUCCACAAGCUGGCCGCCAAGUACCAGGUGCUGGGCCUCCAGCAGGGCAUCACCCAGUACAUGACCCAGAAUCUGGCGCGGGACUCUCCCUCGGGCCACGUGGCGGGCUGGUACGAGUACGCCCUGCGGGUCGGGGACUCGACCCUGCGGGACAGCUGCCUCCAGUUCAUGGCCUGGAACCUGUCGUCGGUGCUGCGGAGCGGCGAGUGGACGAGCGUCGGCGGCCAGCUGCUCAUGUCGCUGCUGCGGCGCUCGGACCUCGUCCUGCAGAGCGAGAUGGAGCUCUUCGCGGCGCUGGAGGCCUGGAUCGCCCACAACGAGCCGGACGGCCUGACGGCGGAGAACAUGCUGAGGGCCGUGCGCUACGCCAUGAUGCCGCCGCGCGAGCUCUUCCGCCUGCAGACGCACUCGGCGGUCCUGGCUCGCUACCAGGAGUCGGUGCGCGACCUGCUGUACAUGUCCUACCAGUUCCACUCCGCGUCGCCGAUGCACAUGGCCAAGUUCUUCGACGUGAACUGCAGCCUCUUCGUGCCGAGGAACUACCUGUCCCCGCUGUGGGGGUCCCCCUGGAUCAUCGGCAACCCGUCGCGGGACGACCGCAGCACCAGCUUCCAGACCCAGCUGGGGCCCAGCGGCCACGACUCCAGCAAGCGGGUGACCUGGAACGCCAUGUUCUCGCCGCGCUGGCUGCCCGUCGGCAUGAGGCCGACGUACGCGGAGGCCGGCGCCAUGCAGCCGACGCGCGCGGAGGGAGGGCGCCCUCGAAUCAUCGUCACGCCGGCCACGUCCAGCGCGGACUUCGCCGGGGUGAACUUCCAGAAGACGGUGCUGGUGAUGGCUCAGCAGCAAGGGAAGGUGGUGGUGAAGCACGUCUACAACUUCCACCAGAGCACGGAGGAGACUGGGGACUUCCUGGCCGAGGCCGACCUGCACCGCCGGACGUCCGAGUACCUCACGGACAACUCGCUCUUCCUCCACAUCGUGGUGAAGCCGCUGUACCAAACCCUCAUCACCAUCAAGAACUGA